UCCAUUACGGGAUGGCUUCCGAUUACAUUACACCCUGUAUACUAUCACUCUAAAGUCUAGAAUAGUAUACUACGACAUGUACGACUUACGUUUUUCGCUGCCUUACUCUGCCUUUCUCUGUCCUGGAGAUGCGGCAGCAUACGUAAUAUACGCGAUUUUAUUAAUUACGCGACGUGCGACAUGUGUGACGUGCAACGUCCGACCAUGGGCGGCAUGGGCGCAGCCAUGUCUAUGCCGUUGAAAUAUGGCCGUACCUGGUACCCUGCGCAGAACUAUCCCAAAUUCGUCUCAAGAACGAGCAUAUCUUACAUUCUUCCACCAUGUAUUUAUGUAGCACAUGAAUCACUUUAUUCCCCCAUCGGGGGAUUCAGUUGUCCUCCCAUGGAUUUAUAUUAAUUAACACGGAUUAAAUAAACGGAGCGAUAUUACAAGUAAAGUAAAUGAUGUUAUAAAUAAUGUGUUACUCUUUUCUUUGGUUAAAUAUACUAAUUUAAUAAUCAAAUUUAAUAAUUGAUUGAAUUUAGCUUCAGUACAAAUGCAUGUUAAUGAAUUGAAUAACUCAUUGUUAAUAUUGUUAAACAUUAAAAAAUAAAACUUAUAAGGCUUGGUCAAAAUUUUAGAAAUCUCUACCCAAGAGUUCUCUUUUUUUAUUACAUUUUAAUAAUCUUUACAGCUGCUGCCGUAUAGAUGUAGAUAUUCUUUCAUAAUAUUUAUUAGCAAAUUAUCAAAAUUUCUAUCUUCGUUCUGCAACAUCACUUCAAAAUGGUUUUCAUUUUCUUUAUUUUGGAACAUGUUUAUGUUAUUAUGAGGGAGCGCCCCGAUUGACCACGUUGCAAUUGGCCACAACCAUUUGCAGCAAUGAAUGCUUAGAGUUUUUCCAUUGGACCGCUAAUUAGAAAAGCGGUGGUCAAUUAGGAUGUGGUCAAUCGGAGCGCUCCCAAUUUUAUGUGCUUCCACCUUAAGGGCCAUCACACACAAAAUGACAUGAGCUGCACAAGCAUAGCAUAAUGCUAAGACUCCAUAUAUGCGGUGAUCUCCGGCAAACGCAUGCGGAAGGUGACUCCAUAUACGCGGUAGGUUUCACUCAAGUACGCGCGCGGUAGAGUCUAGCGCUACGCUACGUACGGAAAUCAAAGUCAUUGAAGAUGCAAAUGUUUUCACAAUAUAUCGUGGUGUACAUAAACACGAUUGUAUAACGUAACGAUUGUAUAACUUAAAAUAAACGAAUCUUUUUUAAACAAUAUUUUUCCUUUUUGAAGUGUGUAAUUCUUUAUUAUUGUCAUUAAUGUCUUAAUUUUAAUAGAUAAACGUGUAAUAUUACUAAUAAUUUAUUAUAUUUUAUUUAAUAUAGAAUUGUUGAAAAAAAAAUAAAAUGAAUUGCAAUGAAGCUCUUGGGAGUGUCCCAGAUGCGCACAGUAACAAACGGACACCACCAAUCAGAUUACUGAGUUGGUUAAGGUUAGGAUGAAUUUAUAGAAUUUGAUUGGUGGUGUCCGUUUGUUACUGUGCGCAUUUGGGACUCACUCAAGCUCUUGCCUUGCUAUUGUGGCAAAAAAAAGACGAAGACGACGACAGGAACAAGAAAGGCAACAAAUUAAUAAGAGAAGAGCUCGAUGAUGGGUUCAUCCUAUAAUAGAGCAACGAUAUCUUAAAGGUGCUUACAAUAACCUUGUGCUGGAACUUCGAUGUGACCUAGAGCGUUUUUUCAAUUUCCAUCGCAUGUCACCUCUUCAAUUUGAUCAGUUAUUAACAAUGAUAGAACUUAUUAUUACAAAAGUACACAUUACAAGGGAACCGUUGCAUCCAGCACUACGAUUAUCAUUAACGUUGCGAUACCUUGCAUCUGGAGAUAGUAUGGCAAGUCUACAUUAUCUUUACCGCGUAGGUAAAUCUACUGUGCCAAAAAUAAUUGCGGAAACAACGGAAGCGAUUUGGCUGACACUACAGCCUCAAGUACUUCCUUCACCAACUGUAGAAACAUGGGCUAAAAUCGCAGAAGAUUUCGAAAAUAAGUGGAAUUUUCCAAAUUGCAUCGGAGCAAUUGAUGGAAAACAUGUUACUACACAAUGUUUCAUAAAUACAGGAUCAGCUUUUUACAAUUACAAAGGCACAUACAACACUAUUUUAAUGGGAGUUUGUGAUGCUCAUCUUCGCUUUACAUAUGUUAGCGUCGGUUCUGCUGGUAGAGAAAGUGACGAAGGAAUUUUUCAAAAUCUAGAUUUUGGAAAAUGCAUGGAAACAGAAACACUGCCAUUGCCUCCACCUAAAGCCUUACCGGAUACAGAUACUUACCUUCCUGCAGUAUUUGUAAGUGAUGCAGCGUUCCCAUUAUUGAAGAAUUUGAUGCGACCAUAUUCUGGUGCUAACUUGAGUCCAGAAAAAAUUAUUUUUAAUUAUUGCUUGAGCAGAGCAAGGCGCGUAAUAAAAAAUGCAUUUGGAGUAUUGUCAGCUAGGUGGAGAAUAUUUCAACGACCAAUUGUUGCAUCCCUUUCAACUGUAGAUCGUAUAGUUAAAAGUUGUGUGGUGCUGCACAAUUGGCUUCGAGAUGCGGAUCUAAAGGUUUUACCUGGUCAGAGAAGAUAUAUUCCAGUAGGAUUUAUAGAUGUAGAAGAUCGCUAUGGAAAUAUAGAAAUUGAUCAAUGCGAUGCGAAGAACCACCUGGUGCACUUCGAGGUUUUGCACCAAAUGUAUCCAGAAACUCUGCAAAUGACGCCAAAAGAAUUCGAAAUAUCUACACAGACUAUUUUAUGAAGAAAGGUCAUGUACAUUGGCAGUGGAAUAAGCUACCUGACUUUCAACGGGAAGCGUAUAUGCAACAGGUAGAAGGUUGGCGGAUUUGAUUUUGUUGAGAAUGGCUACCAGAAUAGCUCUCAGAACGAGGGGAAAUGCUCGGAGUACGAGAUGGAGGUCUUGGAGGACAAAGCGAGGCACCAGAAUCGCUCACAGAAUGAGACGAAAUGUUCGAAGUUCAAGACGGAGGUCUUGGAAGACAAGGCGAAGUACUAUUAGGACGAGGCGAGAUACUAUUAGGACGAGGCGAAGCACUAUUAGAAGGACGAGACAGCAUACUUAACGGACGUGGUGAACAGAAUUCUAUUUGUUCUGUCUACCUCAUAUUAGUAUCCCACAUAUUGUCUACUGUAAAAUAAUAUAAUGAAAUUUUAAAAAGUAUAAUAAAAUUUUAGUUAAAGUACGUAUUACAUAGAGAAAAUUUCUAUGUAGAAAAUAUUUUAUGCGUAUCAUAGUUUCAAACCAGACUUUUGUAUAGCUUGACUUUAAACUAUGAUACAUGUAAAGUAAAUUAUGUAUAAGGAAUUUUUCUCUUUCUAUAAAGAGUUAUUUACAUAAAUAUUUUUUACCAUGAAAUUCUUGUGUAUUAUACGCAUUACGCACAUAUUCUUCUGUUUCAAAUGUCUCUGAUGGUGAUGGCGUGUCAACGGAUAAGGAACGUACAGGUUCAAUACCAAAACUUAGGAAAUUUGUUACAGUUCUAAUUGAGAAUUUAUAAAACAGAAAUUAUUAGUUUAUAUAAAAGUAUACUGUUUUUAAAAAAGAAAAAUUGACGAUUACAAUCAUGAUUCAAAUAAUAAUGAAACUAACAUGAUUUUGCUAUUCUAUCAACUACACCAAAAUUAUAAUAAUUUUACAUUUGAAGAAAGUAAAGCUUACUUGCGAGGUUCCACUACAUCCGAUAAAAAAUUUAAGUGUGUCAUAAGUGGCCACGGGGAAAAAUGAACAGCUGUUUGUCCACUUUUUGUUAUGGAUUUCUUUUUCUCCUUUAUAUACCAAUCUCGAAGAUUUCUCCAUCGGUUCUUUACAAACUCUUCUGUUUAAAUUUAUCAUAAUUUUAUAAUUGUUAAUACUAUAAAUUUUUUUAUAUCUAAGAACAUAUUUAUAAAUUAUUUUAAUUUUAGAAGUAAUUUCAUUUUGUUUUGAUAAAUAUUGGCAUUCGUUCAAGAAUGUGGCUUAUGAUGUUAAACAAUCAUCAAUUAUAAUAAAAACUC